UUUCGUCCUCUACUCCAUUAUGUAUAACAAAUAUUGAUACCUUAAAAGAUAAUGGUUUUUCUAACCCAUAUAAAAAUUUACAAAAAUAAAUCUUUCGUUAAAAAAAAUUUCACCCUCUUUAAUAAAUACUUUAGUUAAACUAUUCUAUUUUAUUUUAAAAAAUUACUUUUUUAUUAAAAUAUUAAUUUACAUUAUGUUUAAAUAUAUUCAAGCAUAAACAAGUUUUUUAUGGUUUUUUUUUUGUUUUGAAUCUUUUAAUUAGGAAUUCAAAACUUGAGAAGAUGAAAGCAAUAUUUUGACUUAAGUCAUAUUUAUUGUAAUUUUAAACUAUCAAAAUAUUGAGGAACUAAAAUAAUAAUAAAACGAUAAUUUCGUAGAUUAAACUUACAGUAUAUUAUUAAGACAAAAUAAUAAUACCUAUUUAAUUAGCAAUUCUAGUAAUUUAUUUAUGAAAAAAGAUAGAAAUUGGGGAGGAAUGAGUGGACAGAAAAUGGUAAAAAAAAGAGAAUAAUGUUUUUGUAAACGUGAAAUGUGUGCAGGGGAAAGACAAAAGAGAAAAGGAAGCGAAGAGUCAAUAAACUGAAACAGUGGGAAUGAUUUGUAUGGAGUGAGUGAAUGAGUGAGUAAUAGUAAUAAAGAGUAAAUGAUAAGUCUCAUAACACAAACAAACACAUUUCUCAAAUCCUUUCGCUGCGUCUUCAAUUCCCAAGUAAGACCCAAUCUCGUUUUCCACUCUUCGCAUUCCCUUUCUCACUCUUUUUGUUAAUCGCUCUUCUUGUUUCGCUUUUUUAUUAAUUAAUUAAUUUUUCUAAAAUUGAAACCGACUCAUUUGGUUUUACGUUGGGCAAAAUUUGGUUAUUCAAAAUCGGUGAUGACUGUUGGGAUAUGCCAUUCUCAGUUGCAAUGGACUUCAAAUUAUAUGACAUUCUCUUUUGUAUUUUCUUUUUCAUUUUAAUUUUAUGCUCAUAUUUUGUUUAAUCUGUGCCAUCAUAUUCACUUUAUGAUUUCGGAUGUAUUAGUGUCAAUAACACAUAAUAAUUUGAUUUCUCAAUUUUCUUUGACUUGCUUCCACUGUGUGUUUAUUUAUUCAUUGGUCAUUUUCAACGAAUGAUUCCAUUAACACACACAUGAUUCAGGUUAUUCGAGAACUGGAUCUGCAGCAUUGUGAAUUCUGUGUUUUCCUGGAGAAUAUAUGCGCCCACUUCUUUGACUUGCUCCUAGGCCUGGUUUUUGGCUAAAGGCCUCUGAGUCCUUUUACAAUUGUAGCAAAAACAUCUUUUCUGUGUGUGGUUGUUUUUUGUUGGAAUGCUGGUGUUUAGUCUCUUCGUGAUGUUAAUUCUCAAUGCAGAAGAUAGCUUUGUGAGCUCAAUUAAGUUAAUUUUAUUGAAGCAGAAUGGUCCAAUAAUCUGAAAGCUCUUUGAAUCUGAAGACAACUGAUCAGAUGGGCAGAGAAAAUGUGUCAGCAAUGGCAAAGGAAGAAGUAAGUGAUGAUGGUUCCUUGAGUGUUGAGAAUGGGGACUUGGAAUCUCACGCUCGACUUAGUCUGGAGAAGGAGUCAGGGUUGGCAACUUGUCGUGUGUGCCAAUGUGCUGAGUCUGAUAAAAGGGCAGAUGCUGCACUAGAAUUUUUGGGCAUCACUCCAGUAAUAGAAACGAGUAAAAGCAAGGGGGAAGUGGGGUCUGAUGGCAAGGGAAUUCAGAAAAAUAGGUCUCUUAACAGAAAUAUUGGAAAAAAUUCUGGGAUGGUAGAAUUUGUAAGUCCUGAUGGGGAGAUUUUCAUUUGUAAAAGUGAUUUGGAACUUGGUUUGUCUCAUCAAGAUGAAUUAGUUGAGCUUGGCUGUGCUUGUAAAAAUGACCUUGCUUUAGUACACUAUGCUUGUGCACUCAAGUGGUUUGUCAACCAUGGAUCUACUAUUUGUGAAAUAUGUGGACACAUAGCAAAUAAUAUCAGAGUUUCUGACUUCAAUAAGGUUGUUGGUGCUUUGAAGGAGUAUGAAGUAUUGAGGGAAAGAACUACCAGUGGUGAUCCUGGUCCUGCACAUGUUCAUGUAAAUACUGGUGUGGAUCCCGAUGCCGUGGCUGCAAUCCGGAGGCAACGACUAGUUGAGAUUGCAUUAUGGUUUUGUCCUCAUAAUAUCAGUAACAAUAACAACAAUGCCAAUGUGGACACAGUUUCACAGGUUGUUUCUGAUCAGCCUUUGAAUAUUGUUACUGAAGAUGCUGCUGGCCCUGCACAGAAUCCUGCAACUAGGUGGGCUGUGGAAGGUACUGGGAUCCUGCUUGCUACGGGGUUGCUUACUAUCACUCUUGCAUGGCUUAUAGCUCCUCGUGUUGGAAAGAAAACUGCUAGAAGUGGUCUUCAUAUCUUACUUGGAGGUGUUUGUGCUUUAACAGUGGUGGUUUUCUUCCGCUUUUUUGUGCUUACCAGAAUCAAGUAUGGACCAGCGCGUUAUUGGGCAAUCUUGUUUGUUUUCUGGUUUCUUGUCUUUGGAAUAUGGGCUUCAAGGACCCACGGUGCCCAUACAACAUGAUCCCUUCUUGGUACAGCACUUUGGAUCUCUGUUAAAUCCUUGGUCCCUCUUGAACCAAAGUAAAAAAAGUCCUUUGUCCCUCCCAGCUCUCUUCUUGUUUCAUUUCCUUACCAUCUUGAAUUUUGAGAUUUUGAAUAGAUAUUUUAUGAUACGCCUAAUGAGUAUUUUGUAGAUACUCAUAUUUGUUCAAUGUAAAAUAACAAUUAUGUUGUUUGCAAGCUAGAUUUCUGAAUGCUAGUUGUUUUCAGAUCUUUCACACUCGUACGUAUGUAUGUUUUCAAAGCAAUAAGUAGAUCUCUGUGUGUGUGUGUAUCCGAAGUCCGAACUUGAGAAAUUGCAAACCAUUCGUAAAGUAAAUAAUGCGACGCUGACAAAUGGGACAGCCAUCGUGAUAUUGUACCAGGGAUCAGAGGGUACAGACCAAUUAGAGUGGUAGUUUUGACAGCAUUGGAAGGUAUCUAUAUCCAAUGGU